GGAUAAGAGGUAUUUAAAUCUGUUUUAUUUUCCAUUCUGCUAGACCUUAGUAGUAAAUCAGCAACCAUGUCCAAAAUCGCUCUUAUCACCGGCAGCACCCGCACCCCCCGUGUGGGAACCGACGUUGCAGAUUGGGUUUUCGAGGUGAUCAAGUCACGCCCGGAAGACAAGCUACAGGUCGAACCUCUGUCCAUCGCCGACUUCAACCUGCCAAUCUAUGACGAGCCCGUCAUGCCCGCCAUGGUCCCGGCCAUGCAGCAGUUCACCAAGGAGCACUCCAAGAAAUGGAGCGAGACCAUCAUCUCUUUCCAGGGCUACGUCUUCGUCAUCCCCGAGUACAACGGCACCAUGUCGGGGGCCACCAAGAACGCCAUCGACUACCUAUACAACGAGUGGCCCGGGAAGCCCGUGGCCAUCAUCAGCUACGGCACGCAGGGCGGGGAGCGCGCCAACAAGCACCUCAGCGAGAGCCUGGAGCUGGUCAUGAAGAUGAAGGUCGCCCCGACCAAGGUCAAGCUCGCCUUCGCCCCGGGCAACGAUGUGAUGACCGCCAUCAAUGACGGCAAAUUGGGCGACGACACCCGGAAGGCGUGGACUGAGGCCGGAGCGAAGGAUCAGAUCCUCAAGGCUUUCGGGGAAGUCAAGGACAUUCUAGAGCAGUAGGAAUCGGGAGGAGCAGUUGCAAACCAACAUAACACCUACGUAGAAAUGCUAGGUUCGCCCUCACCAAUGAAAAUGAAGUUUAAUAUAUGAUAUGAAAACAGCUUGAUUAUUGUAGAGCAUCUAGACCCUGC